AAUUCAUAUAUGCGUGGGUGACUAUGUAUGCAAUAUACGCACACAUAUCGAAUGAUCGUUAACUGCGUUUCAAAUUAUACGUUCAAACGACAAUAUAUAUUUACGCCAGAGAUUACAAGAGAUGGAUAAUAAAAAAUGUGGACAACUAUGAGUUAAACAUUUAACCCACUAACACCCGAAUUUACUAAAAUUAUUUUAUUUGUUUUUGGUUUCGAAACAAAAACAAAAUCAAGAAGAAAUAAAGUGGGUCAAACAUGAAAACAAUGAUGUACGUGUUGAGAUUAGAAUACAGAGUAAGAAACUGUUGAAAAGGGACAAUGAUAAAAAUGGGAGAGCGGGUGUUAAUGGGUUAACGAGUAUAAAAGUGUUAUAGAAUAGGUACACAUGACAUACUUAAAAAUUGUUGAUUCGGCAUUACGGACACAUCCAUGAUUGGUAUCAGCGUAUGGAUGAUCGGUGAUUUCAAUGCAAGGAAGGAAGAGGGUAAUUAUCAGUAAAUGAUGCACCUGCCGGACAGUUGAGUUGCCAAUCGCACGCGUGUCACUUGGACCUGUAAAGGCGGCGGACAAAUUCGUUCGUAGCGCCGUGCUUAACCCGUCCGUCCGCUGUCGUCUGAUCGCCAUAAUUCGAGGUAAAAUUCCGAAUCGAAGGAAUUUCGCGAUUCUCCACGCGUCCGCGGUGCACAUCGUGUGACCGACGACACUCCGAGACGCAGUCCCGAGGCCCCCGUGGCCAAACAAUUACGUUGCAUCCUCUGUAUUGCGUAAAAUUAAUCCGAUUUAGGUGACCUCGACGCGACAUAACCUAACAGCCCUGUGGUGUCCGUCGAAGUUUACGCGGAUGACCACGCAGCGAGCCGUCUGCGUGCUCGCUCGGUUUCGUUGAACACAAGAACGCAGAACAUAGAACGCAUCGAAUCACGGCUCGGACUACUAUUUGGGAAUGUGUCAGGUAGUGCAUGAUCCUAGAUGCACCGCCACUCAAAUCUCAUCGUAGCCCAACCCAUUUUUCACUCUCCAACGCUUUGGACCACCCCGUGACACUAUUAUUACUUGAAACUGAACAGUGUGUCUUUAUUUUUCGUCACUGAUUCGAUCGUGAUUUUUAUUGUGAUAGAACUCCUUGUUUUUUUUAUCUUUUCUUUUAUUUUCUUUCUGUACUCGGCUAUCGUUAUUUAAACGAUACAAACAUACAUAACCUUCACAAUCGUUUAACAUCGCCUUCGUUCAAUUGUACCGAACACUUUUUAAUGAUUGGAAGACAUUUGUGUUGUUACUUCGUGAUACACUAUUUUUUCAAUCGUGUGCUAAAGCAUCAAGCUUCCUAAGAUUUGUGGCCUAAAUAUUUUGAAGAAUUGGGUAAUUCGAGAAGAUGAAUAAUCAGGCAUUCAGUCUAGCAGAAAAGCUUAUUCCUUCGCUUUAUGUACAACAAGGUCUAAAUGCAAAAAAAGCACGGGAAAAUCUUAUUAGACAGUUUAUUGAACACCAAAAAUGGCCAGAAGAAGGUUGGGACGAUACAACAAUAGAAGCAUUUCUCUCAGACCUAUCCCAAAUGGAUAGCAACAAUUUUCCUUCUAAUUGUAGCGUUGGAGAACGUGAGGCUAGAAUUAUAUCAAAUAUUGUUGCAAAACGGCAUUAUCGAAUGGGGCAUGGCAUAGGUAGAUCAAACGAUUUAGAAGAAGUGCAACCAAAGGCUGCUGGAAGUAGUUUAAUGUAUAAAUUAACAAAUGCUUUGGUGCUUGAAGUAAUUCGAUAUAUGGGUGUAAAAAGUAUAGCAGGCUGUUUUUUAUCACCAAUGGCAACAGGCAUGAGCUUGGUAUUAUGUAUGUUAACGUUUAAACAAGAUAGGCCAAGAGCAAAGUAUGUUCUAUGGUCUAGAAUUGAUCAAAAAUCAAGUUUCAAGUCAAUAUAUACAGCUGGGUUAGAACCAAUUGUUAUUGAAACAAAAAUAGUUGGGGAUGAAGUGAAGACAGAUAUGCAAAGACUCGAAUCUCAAAUGGCAGCUUUAGGUGAAAGCAUUGCUUGCGUUCUUACAACGACCAGUUGUUUCGCACCCAGAUCGUGCGACUCUAUCGACUCUAUCGCAACGCUAUGUACUCAAUAUAAUAUUCCCCAUUUAGUAAAUAAUGCAUACGGAUUACAAAGUACAAGGUGUAUGCAUCUUAUACAAGAAGCAUCACGAAAAGGUCGUGUCGAUGCUUUUGUUCAAAGCACAGAUAAGAAUUUUCUGGUACCAGUUGGUGGUGCAAUUAUUGGUUCAUUCGACAAAAAGCUAUUAGAUCGCAUAUCAACAAUGUAUCCUGGUCGCGCAAGCGCCAGCUCGAUUAUGGACGUAAUGAUAACAUUGUUAAGUUUAGGAAUGGCUGGCUACAAACAAUUAAUAACACAACGUAAAGAAAUGUAUUCGUACUUGAAAGACGAACUUGGGAAAUUAGCAGCUAGGUACGAUGAGAGAUUGUUGGACACUAAAGGGAAUCCGAUAUCGAUGGGAAUGACCCUUCAAUUCUUAAAUCACCAUAAUGGUUUCCAACAAAUUCAUAUGUUACGUUCAAUAUUAUUUCUUCGGAAUGUUAGUGGUACAAGAGUAAUAACAGGUGUAGAAGGUAAACAUGUUGGUUCACAUAAAUUUGAAGGUUGGGGGGCUCACAAUAGUAAUUAUCCAGUACCAUAUUUGACUGCUGCUGCUGCUUUGGGAAUGAAAAGAUCGGACGUGGACAUAUUUAUACAACGAUUAGAUAAAGCUUUAACUAAAGUGAGAAGACGUUCAGCUCCAGUAACACCAACAGCAUCUCUUGCUGGAUCCAGUAUCAAUGGAGAUACAGGAGGUGCUGGUGGUCCUGGCGAAUCUAGCACAGCUUCAACUAGCCGAGCAAGUAGUAAGGACAGUUUGAGGAAAUGAACCGUAGUCAACGCAAGUGGUCAGUCGAUCGAGUACAUUAACUUGUAAGCGCAUCGUUAUUCGAAACUAAUAUAUGUUAGAUACCUCUAAAGA